AUGGACGGGGGGCCAGCGGGCGCCGCUGCGCGCGGUGAGACGCGUCCGUCCUCGGAGGUGGGCUCGGGCAGCGAGGACGAGGGGCUCUGGAUCUGCAGGCGGGACACCGACGUGGUCCAGCGAGACACCAGCGUGGUCAGCUGGGACGCCGACGUGGUUCAGCACCCCGCAGACGAGGAAGAUGACGACGUCCUCACCAGCAGCAGCUCGUUCUUCUCCAGGAUCUUGAGCGGCCAGGGCCUGGAGGACGGGUACGGCGUCCACACUGGCAGCAGCUCGUUCUUCUCCAAGAUCCUCACGGGCAGGGCCCGCUCGACGGCGUGCCGGCGGCCGACCGCCGCGGCGCCGGCCCCGAGCGUGUGCCGGGCGGCGGUGUCGACGCGGGGGCCACGCCCGCGGAGGCCCUGGCGCCGCCGCGGCCCGAGCCCCGCGCCAGCAGGCUGA